AUGGUGUCACGCUUGUGUUCAGGAGGGUAUUCUCGUAUACGCGCAGCUUUAUUAAUGGAUGUAAGAGCUGAUGUAGCUAUGUGUGCAAGGACGAUUGACGAAGCCGUUUCAUGUGAUCUUGUUGAUUGCCGUUUAAGCUGCUACACAGGUUACAAUGGCGUUGCAAAAUGUUUUGACGAUCCUGAUGUUCCUGGACCGGCUAAAUUCUCCUAA